AUGGGAGACGGAACCAGGAAACGGAGUAACAAGCCAGUUCACCGUGCGUACAUCAGUUGUAACGGCGCGAUCUCGGUGGUACAGCCAUCUUGGCGAUCUUUUCCUCAAACCGUGCAGGAACAAGCAAAGAAGCCCGUAGACGAGAUGGAACUGGUCUUUGCUGAUAUUGAUCUUGAUGAUCAGUGUUUUGGAUGUUUCUAUGAGGUGAGCUGGUGUACCAACUCCGGAAAAUCAUCAGGGUCCGUUUCUCAGGUAGCAGACGACACGUCGAAUGCGUUGUUCAUAGGACCUGAUGGAUUUGAAGUCCAUUUUGAUGUCCAAGAGAUGGUUGACGAAACAUUGGAGCGUCCAACUUUUGCAUGCGACGAAGUCGUAGCGCACGACGCCGCACUCGAGUGUUCGGAAUCGGAUGGAGGAGGGUCCGAGCUUUCGAGGACUGGCGUCAUUCAAACUCUAUCUGAGUACCGCAGUCCUGGAUUAAAGAACUUGAAGGAGCCGACGAGGACGGACGACGGACCACGAAGAACAAAUUUCAUGCGAACAUAUCGACCAAUUUCGACGUCCUCGUGCCCACUAUCAGCCUCGCGGCUCGAGCGAAACCAAGGCUCCGCAGCCACAACCCGCGCAGCCGCCAAUCCCGUCACGAGGACACAGUCCUAUAGGUCCAACCUAUCCGAAACUCCGUCUCCAGGAAUACUCAUCAAGUUUUCGAAGCGCCCCAGGGAUGAGGGAACACGGGAGGUCCGGCUGGACUGCCGGGAAUCCCGAAACCGACGAGAGCCCGUCCAUCCCCGCUCGACCAGCUGGAAGUUCCGACGCGCUCGACUAUAUGCUAAACGCAUAUCGGCUCACAGUGGAGAGACUCAAGCCUGCCAAGAUAUCGUUCCUGCGGCGAGGAACAACGAACUGGCGCCUAAGGCCUUGAUAUGGUCGACGAUAGGGGUGGAUGUGAUCUGUCAAUUCCCAAUCAGGACGUUCAAAAUGUAUUCCAGUCCCCUGCCUUUCGGCCAGGUCAACUCGCCCAUGAGAAAUAAACGAGAGGUUGGAUCGCUCAUGGCAUUUGCCACUGCGAUAUGCUUCCUUGAAUCAUCCUUUCUUGAGCAUACCGGGAACAACGUUCGGGUAAUUCCGAGCCUAGUAGUGUUUUCCAGCGUGAAGAAGGCCAUUUCGGUCAACGAUCUGUUCAUUUCGAUCUUAUCUGUUAGACAGGGUAACGUGAAUUUGCCAUCAACGACCUGUGUUAGCCGAAAGGGAAGUCUUGUGCGGCGCCCACAAGGCGGAUCAAUCACGACUAGCGGCUCUCGGGACCCGCAUAACUUGAGAACAAACAAGGCUCUCCGAACCUGA